AUGACUAAGAGCUCAAUCACGUCGAAGGCGAUUAGGGCGAGCCGUCGAGUCCAGGGUCUGGAAGUUAGCCCCGAGGGGGAUACAGGUACCUUAGGAGUUAACGUAGCAGGACCGUCAAACUCUGAACCAAACCUCAUUUCAACUAACGACCACCAAGAGGACGAUGACGAACAAUCCAAGACAGACGACGACACAAAUGAAUUAGGAGACCAGCCAGAACUCAACGAGAAAGGCCAACCAGAUCCAUCGAAAGAUAAGCGUAAACUGGAUCCCCCACAAAGCCAUAAUUACUCGAAUUUCAUCGGAAACGUUCCCAUUCCUUUCCCGGCAGAGACGAACCCUCUAUUCAACGCGACAAUCAGAGUUCCCAAAGGCAAAGAACGAGCGGAACGAUCCUCUUCCGAUAUAGACGACUUAGCAGGUGACUUUGUGGAUGACGAUUACGAAUCAGGAGGAACCUCAGACGAACUAGAAGUUGAAGAAUUAGAAGAUCACCAAGGAUCGUCCCCUUCCUUAGGAUCUUCAAACGGAGAGGAAGAACCAGACAGCUCAAGCUCCAGCUCCGAUUCAGACAGCGAAGGAAGCGAAGAAGAUUCGUCUUCAGAGAGCGGAUCAGAAGACUCAGAAAGAGAAGUAAAGAAAGAUAAGAAACGGAAACGCACAUCAAAGUUGAAGAAGAAACUAGAAGAUGCAAAGAAUGAAAUCAAACGUUUAGGCAAGAUAGCUAACAUUAAACCAUCGAAGGAGACUAAGAAAUCAAAGAGAAGAACGAAGAAGGAUACUGAGAAAAAGAAACGAAGCAAGAAGAAUGGAAUACAAGUGAACAUCGGCGUAAUUCCAAAGUCAGACUAG